GGCCACGCCCACGUGGCCUUGCCCGGGUUGCCUGGGUCUCGCUCUUCACACCCCGGCGGAGCCAAGUCCAGAAGGGACGCGCCGCUCCAGCUCUCCGCCGACCCCCAGGGCCCGCCGCCCCGCGCCCAUGGCCGCGCCUGGACCCCGCGCCUUACGGGCUGCACUCUGUGGCGGCUGCUGUUACCUCCUCCUGUGUGCCCAGCUCGCUGUGGCGGGUAAAGGAGCUCGAGGUUUUGGGCGGGGAGCCCUGCUCCGCAUGAACAUCUGGCCAGCUGUCCGAGGGACCUGCAAACAGCUGAAGCUCUGUGAGCAUUGUGUGGAGGGCAACAGAGCACACAACCUCUCUGGCUGCGUGUGGGAGCAGUGUCGGCUGGAGGAGCCAGGACGCUGUGUGGCCCAAGCUGAGGUGGUCAAGGAAGGUUGCUCGGUCUACAACCGCUCGGAGUCUUGUCCAGCUGUGCAUCACCACCCCACCAAUGAACCGAAGACAGUCACAACAGAGAGCCCCCCGGGCCCUGAGGACCACAGCCCUGGCUUUGAUGGGGCCAGCUUCAUCGGUGGCGUUGUGCUGGUGCUGAGCCUGCAGACGGUGGCCUUCUUUGCCUUGCGCUUCCUCAAGGCCAAGGACAGCACCUAUCAGACACUAAUCUGACCCCCUCAGGCCUGGAUUCCACACUCAGGGGGAAGAGGAUGAAGAGGCUGCCCUCUCAGCCCCCUUGUGGGCACUGGGGGGGACAAACUUUGGCCACCGAAUUUUGGGCCCUGUGGGCACCGAGCAGGCUCAGUGCCCAAUAGCUGACAUCCCCUCCUGUCCUGGGCCUGGUUCCUGCAGAUGAGAGCAUCCUUCAACCACCUCUUUCUCAUCCAUCAUCCCUGCGGCCCCCUGCCUGGCACUAGGUCUGGGGUUGCCUCUUCCCAUCAACCUGGCCUGGACACUGCCCUCAAAUAAAGGAGCUCUUUCCAGCACU